AUGUCGUCGCAUUUAGAUCUUGUCAAUUGCAAGAAGAGAAAAAGGGGUGAGAGGGUGUUCAAGUUCAAGAACUUUGGUAAACAAGGCCACCCUGUUGAUUGGGAUGGCUCGUUCUGGCAAAAUGUCAAGGUCCUCUUGGAGUUUGGCCGUUUGGAGGGCAAUUUGUGUUGUGGGAUGCCUACUUGGUCCUUUCAACUCGAGGUCCAUCGCCACCCUCCACUCCACCUCCUACUCUUUAUCGUUGUCGAGGAAUUGGAGGAGACGUCACUUCAUAGUCAUUGUAAACUCUGCCAAUACGUCGGCUGGGGGCACCAUAUGAUCUGCAACAAGAAGUACCACUUUUUGGUGCCAUCCACGGACACAGCUGUGGCUUGUUUGAACUAUGAAGGUGACUGUGAAAGGGCAGAUUGCUCGACAAAGCCCAAGCACAAGACCAAGCCCAAGCCCAGACCCACCUUGAUGGAAUUACAGGGCCAUAUAUUGCAUGGUGUCUUCCACUCCAACGGAUUUGGACACUUAUUGUGUGUCAAUGGACUUGAAAUGGGCAAUGACUUACCGGGCCAUCAGAUCAUGGACUUUUGGGACAGGCUUUGCACUGGGCUACGAGCGAGGAAAGUGAGUUUAAGGGACAACUCACAGAAGAAGAGCAUGGAAUUGAGGCUAGUCCAUGGAGUAGCAUAUGGAGAGCCAUGGUUCAGUAGAUGGGGCUAUAGAUUUGGGCGUGGAAGCUAUGGAGUUACUCAACCAAUGUACCAUAAAGCCAUAGAAGCCAUCCAAACUAUGCCUUUGUGCUUGCUUCUCCACCAUCUUGGCAGCUUCAACCAAGAGCUUUCAAUCAUCUUCUCUAGGUACCAAACUCUAUCUGGUCAUUCUUUGGCCACGCUGGGCAAUCUUUUCCAUUUCAUGCUCGAGCUCAAGUCUCGGUUGCCAGAAGAGAGCUGCAUCGACUCCUACAACCCGGGCAUCUUGGUGGAAACCACUUGUCGAUGGUCUCCCAAGCGGGUUGAGAUGGCGACUAGAGUGAUUGUUGAAGCACUAAAAAGAGCUGAAUUCAAGUGGAUUUCGAGGCAAGAAGUUAGGGAUGUUGCACGUGCUUACGUUGGCGACACAGGCUUAUUAGAUUUCGUGUUAAAGUCGCUUGGGAACCAUAUAGUAGGGAAUUACUUGAUUCGUCGAAGCUUGAAUCCUGUUACCAAGGUAUUAGAGUAUCGCUUAGAGGACAUCUCUGGGACAUUUCUCAAUCAUGAAGGUUUAGCUACAAAGGAUUCAAAAAUGAAAGCUCGGUACAUGAUCACAAGAUCCCAACUUAUGAAGGACUUGCUCUACUUGUAUUGGAACAUACUUAAAGAGCAAAAGCCCACAAUAACGGGGGGCAUAUUGGCAACUAUUCCCAUGGCAUCAAGGAUAAUUUUAGACACCAAGUACCUUAUCAAAGAAUAUGAUAAUGGGGAGCUCCCUUCAAAAUCCCAAUUGGGCAUUCCGUCAGAAUCAAAGAUCUCUUGUGCAAUUCUCUUGAAAAACAAUCACCACGUCAACCAAGCCUUAGAGAAGGCGAUGGCACCAUACGAGAGUCUCACGUUGGAUAGCAACGCCACAUUUGAUGAACUAAAGCAACAAGUUGAAAACACCUUUAGAGGGCUCUACUGGGGAUUGAGGAGCUUUGUAAUACAAUCCGUGGUGAAUCUGAAUGUGAAGGGGUCGGAUCUUGUUUCCCAGGUGGUGAAGGCGGGUGGGAAACUUGUGUUUGAGGGGAGAUGUAGCACUGGAGAGGGUGGAUUGCUGGGGAAUGGGGACAUAUUUGAAGGUGGUGGGGAUCAAGCAAAAUGUGUUGUGGAUUGCAGCUGUGGAGCCAAAGAAGAUGAUGGAGAAAGAAUGGUUUGUUGUGAUAUUUGUGAAGUUUGGCAGCACACACGCUGUGUUAGGAUCCCAAAUAAUCAAGAAAUUCCAACCAUAUUUCUUUGCAGUCAAUGUGAGCAAGACAUUUUGCUCUUCCCUUGUCUGCCAUAG